AUGUCGGAAUCAAAGUCGAUUGCUAUCGUUGGCGCGGGCAUUUUUGGGCUUUCUCUAGCUGUCGCUCUCAGCAAGAACCCGAAGUACCAGAUCGACGUCUUCGAUCGACACCAGUAUGACGAGUCGGGAUACUCCCCCGAUUACCAUUACAGCACCCAAGCUGCGUCCGUGGAUCAUAACAAGAUUUUUCGGGCGUCCUACGGGAAGAAGAUUCACUACCAACGGUUGGCGCUGGAAAGCCGUGCUGCUUGGGAGAAGAUCAACCAGCAGCGCCACCGAGAAGAGAGUGAGAAGGAUCAAUCGGAACUUUUCAGCGGAUGCGGCAUGCUCCGCGUUCAGCCCACCGCAGAGCUCGAUGAACUAGAGCGUGAGACUCUGAAGAACUUUGAGCGAGACGGGCUGAGAGACACUCAGUUUGUCAAAAGUGAUUCAAACGAUCGCAAGCGUGCAUCAGAGCGAGGUUGGGACGCAAAGCUGCUUGAUUUCGCCAUCCCAGACUCAUCACCAGUUGAGACAUUUGAGGCCGUUCUGGACUCCACGGCUGGCUUUACUAAAUGCAGCGACGCUUGUGCCUACUUUUACAAGAUGGCUCACCGCCAAGGUGUCAGAUUUCACUUUGGCCCAGAGAAGGGAGCUUUUGAUAGCCUUCUCGAGGAGAACGUUCCCGGUUCAUCUGCGAAGAAGGCUGCUGGGUUGAAAACCAAAGAUGGAGUUCUCCACGCAGCCGAUGUUGUGGUCAUCGCCGCGGGAUCGUUCUCAACGCAGCUCCUCCCCGAGCUCUCGUAUCACUUGGAGUCUUCUGCUGGAAGCGUGGUGACCUUCAAGAUUAGCAGAGAUGAUUCGCUGCUGUGGGACAAGUACUCGCCUGAGCGCUUCCCGGUAAUUACCUGGAAAAGUGCAGCACGAACGCCAGACGGAAAAGACAUUGGUAGCAUUUACGUAUUCCCUCGAACCUCGGAUGGUCUCAUCAAGAUUGGAUACCGGGGUGUAAAGUUCACCAACUUCCAACCUGCCCCUCCCGAGGCUGGGUUCACGCAAGACGGCGAGUGGUCUGUACCCUUGUCGCCAGCUGACUCCCGCCAUGUUCCAGACCGAGCCAGGGAGGCAAUCAAGCCGUUUGUUUCCACCUUCCUGCCGGACUUUGACGGGAAGGAGUUUUACACCACGAAGAUGUGUUGGUACACAGACUCGCUCGACAACUCUUUUGUAAUCGACUAUGUGCCAAAAUACACCAACUCAGUGUUCGUUUGCACUGGCGGCAGUGGGCACGGGGCAAAGUUUCUCCCUGUUCUUGGUGAACAUGCCGCAGACAUCUUGGAAAACGGUGAUGAGAGCAACUCAUUCAUGCGUCCUCACUGGCGUUGGAGAGAGAACGCUCGCAGGGGCAACGGACUUGAGGAGGGACCCAAGGGUCCGAGAAACAUCGGAGGAGCGAGGGAAGCUUGA